AUGUCGGCAACUCACUCGUUGGAGGACAUCGAUAUUCCGAGCUCCCCACCACUCCCACGGGGUGAAAGCAGUCAGGCAAGGUUUCGACCUCGCUCACAGGAUACAUACGCGACACGAGUCAAUCGAUAUCAUGGUCCAGCCUCGACAUGGCUGACAUACACCAAAGAAGAACGCGCCAUUGUCGAGUCACUAGAUGACGAGCAUGCACAGGACCUCAGUCUCCAUCUGCUCAAUGCUCAUGGGCUCCAGCAGCGGGCAAGUGAUCCCGACGGGGCCCAACAAACAACAAGGAAGGGCAUGCAACCGGGUCAGGUAGGAGCAGACCCAGAGGACGAUCAUUCGGUCUGGCGACCUCACAGACGAUGGACCGCGUGGCCACUGCCGCCCGAGCAAGUACCCCGAGACACCGAAAUUUCUCAGAGCGGGUACGGCAGCGUUUCAGCCCCGGAUCAUCGUCCAAGCGCCUGGCUAGAGGAGCAGCUUUUUGCACAUGUCACCAAAGUAGCUCGUCGACGAUGGGAGGCACGCACAUGGGCAGUCACCGCCGAGGCCGCUGGGAAGGGCGCGAACAGUGGAAAAAAGCGCGUUUCGCCGCCGAGGUCAACGUCACGAUCAAACACCAAUGCCGCAAGCGAUCACAAGUCGACAUCCAAGGCCACCACUCCAGCAGCCGCGACCGACGUUACGGAGACUUGGAGCUCUGACUCCGAGCUCGGCGAAGGCAUGAUCACAUCACAAGUCUACCUAGCCGACUCAGAUGAAGAGGCACCCAACACUAGCAAAGCUGGGGGCCAUCACUCAGACGACAGCGAAGACGAGGACAUGACUCCCGUCCCGAUCGCAGACGACGAAGUCGCCAAAAAGCUACUGCUCCCCAGUAUCCGACAUACCAUGAGCCGAUUUGACGAUCUACUACUCGCCUUGCACAAGGCACGAAAGAGCUACUCAACGGGCCUACCACGCCAUAACGGCGACUACGACACAGAAGACGCCGAGACCACUGCCACGGACACAUCGCGACCACGCAAGCGGCGGCGUACGCGGUCAAGAUCGAGAUCUCGCUUCCGCGAUAGUGCGCCGCCAGCCAAUCAAGCAAACCCAGCCGAGCCACCCAAGAGAGCCCUAGGACUCCGCGACUGGAGCGACAUAGUCGGCAUGGCCGCCAUAAUCGGCUGGGACACCGACGUCGUCGGCCGAGUCAGCGAAAAGUGUGCGAACCUGUUCAACGAGAACAUGACUUUUCGCACAUUCCACGAGCCAAACGAAACCAGCAAGGGACCCACAUGGGAGGAGACGUUCGCAUCCACAACUCUCGCCGGCACAGACCCAGCCCAAGAAGAUGAAGGUCGAUCACCCUACCAGCUACCGUCAAACGCAUCCGGUACGGCGCAUCUUGCAAACUCUGCCACGGAGACAAGACGAAAUGUGAACCCGACCCCGAUCCCAACUCGAACUCAACCUCCUGCCUUCGCUGCAAAUCUCAAUAUGCAACCUGCUCGGGCAUCGACAUCCAGAUCAUCGGCCUUGAGUGUCCUCACGCACACUGCAAGCGCCAUAGAAAGUCCUUCCAGAAAUUGA